GUUGACACGCUUGUAAAGGCAACCGUUUCAAACAAGGAAAAUGGCAAUUGCUGAAUACGAAGAGCUGAAAAAUCAUUUUAAAACACACAAUCGCAUCAGGGAAGUAACCGCACAUUCCGCUAAAGUUCACACAGUAGACUGGAACUGCGAUGGACGGCGGUUAGCAUCAGGUUCCUUUGACAAGACGGUGUGCAUUUUCACAAUUGAUAGUGACAGACUGGUUAAGGAACAGACGUUUUCUGGACACAAUGACAGUGUCGAUCAGUUGUGUUGGCACGAAACCAAUCCAGAUUUACUCAGCACAGCCAGUGGUGAUAAAACCAUGAGAGUCUGGGAUGCAAGGAUAAAGAAAAGCAUUGCCACAGUUAAUACCAAAGGAGAAAAUAUCAAUAUUACUUGGUCACCUGAUGGGAACUCUAUUGCUGUUGGGAACAAGGAAGAUCUCGUCACCUUUAUUGAUGCUAGGAAUUUUAAAAUUAGAACCGAACAUCAGUUCAAGUUUGAAGUUAAUGAGAUUGAAUGGAACAAGGCCAGUAACCUGUUCUUCCUAACAAGUGGGCAGGGCUGCAUCCACAUAUUAGAUUACCCAGAGCUCACGACCGUCCACGUCACUCAAGCUCACCCUGCCAACUGCAUUUGCAUCGAAUUCGAUCCUACUGGGAAGUAUUUCGCCACUGGAUCGGCCGACGCCCUAGUCUCGCUGUGGGAUGCCGAUGAAAUAGCAUGUUUGCGUACAUUCUCAAAGUUGGACUGGCCAGUCCGCACCCUGAGUUUCAGCCACGAUGGAUCUAUGUUAGCGUCAGGGUCAGAAGACCUAUUGAUCGAUGUUAGCCAUGUAGGCACCGGUGAACGUGUUAUAGCCAUUCCAGUGGACACGCCUACCUUCACAGUCGCAUGGCAUCCACGCUCUCAUCUACUUGCCUACGCCUGCGAUGAUAAAGAUGACGGAAAUCGAGAUGCUGGAACCGUGAAGCUCUUUGGCCUCUCUAACGAGUGAUGGCCCAGUGGAAUCGGUGAUUAAAUGCUACACAUGUUUUAUGUAUCGUUUUUUCCUCCUUACAGAUUGAUCGUACUCUUAUCGUGAAUCGUUUAUCACGACUAUGUCUUCAACUCUGUUGAAAAUACAUAAGAUCCUUCCACUUUGUCGA